AUGCGGGAAGUCAAUUUCAGCAUCCCCAACGUGAACAAGGCCUCGGUCAACAUCACAACCACCCUCUACGACCGCCGUGCCCUUGAUUGCACAUCUACCUUGCCACUGAUCAACUCGUUGAACCACCUUGCUUACCUCACAACUUCCUCCGCGCGUAUUCGGGAUAUUCUCACUGUCGAUGGCGGCAUCGAAAGACUCGUCUGCAUCCUGAAGGAGGGCAGAAGCAAGGAUUUGAUGGAGAUGUGGAAAUGGAGCCUAGCUUUUCAGUGUGUAGUAAACAUUGGAGUUCGAGGAUCGGAAAAUGUGAGGACCAGGGUCGUGGAAGCCGACAUGGUUCCGGUUAUCGCCACCAUCCUGGACAACUACAUCAAGGUGGUGGACAAGGUGCGAUCGCGUGCCGAUCCCGAUGCUCACAAGCACUCCAGCCGAUCGGCCAUCCCCAGCAAAUCCAGUUCCUCCGUUCGGGAGGUCGCUGGCCGAUCUGGCCCAGAAUCCAACACUCCUGCCGAAUCUCGCUCCUCUCGCCGCCAAGCCCCCCCUCCUAGCAUCGAAAUUCCUCAACCAUACUAUCAGGACAAUCAACCAACUGACUCCGAUGUCAUGGAUGUUACCUCCCCUCCUCGUGCCCCGAUGACCUCACCACCAGAACGCAGCACCUUCCGACAGGAUGUCCACAACCACCGGACACACGAUGCCCGUUACACCCGCGCCAGCCAUCGCUUGCGUACCAUGCAGCCUCUUGCUACAGCCGAUUCUCCGAUGGAUACCACUGAGACAUUUGGUUUGCGACCCGUGCGGGAUACCGAACGCCUUGCCAGUAUGCUUCCAGGACUACAGACUGGAAUUGUCUCACAACCAGAUUCUCCGACAACUCCCAGCGGCCCCCUUCACCAUCAAGCUCGCAACAUUCCUCCACCGCCUCCUCCCGUCCGGGUGCGACCUCCAAUUCGGCAGCAACAGUCUGCUUCGGGUGAAUCGGACGAUGCCAACGGAGAAGACUUGACUAUGGGUGAUGAUACUGUUUUGGGGCAUGUAACCGAGCCGAUCGUUGGCUUGCCAAAUCGGAUGGACAUCGACAGUGUUGAUGACCAAUCGACAACUACUAUGAUCGAUGAUGUCUCAACCAGCCAUGGUGGUUUGACUGUCACAGAUCCUUCUGAGGAGGGCCCGGAAGCCGAAACCUUCAAUAUCGCCCAUCGUUCUGCUGUUGAUGGCAGCAUCAUUAACAACACCGCCAAUACACAAAACAACGGUGGAUUGGGUCUUUCUCCAACCCAGGCCCCGAACAACCCUAAUUCUCCCACUCUCGCUCCCAGUCCUUACGCCUUGUACCUCCGUGAUCGAAACACCCCCGCGACUCAGGGCGUCCUUACCACCAUGCCUCGUGAUGAAGAUGUCCUGAUGUCCCUGCAGCUUCUUGCUUAUGUCUCAAAAUACUGCAACCUUCGGUCAUAUUUCCAACGCUCACACCUUGUUCCCAAGCUUAAGAUUGAUCGAGAAUUACAUCUUUUGGAUGACAAUGCCGAGCCAUCUUCCCCCAUUGAAGCUCCCGAGGAAGAAGAUGAGUACUUGCUUCCUGAUGAUGUCAACAUCUUCCCCCUGGUGGAGAAGUUCACUGUCCGACAUCACUCGAAGGAUAUGCAAUACUGGGCGUGCGUGGUUAUGAGAAACCUCUGCCGCAAGGACGAGUCGCGAGGCGGCAUUCGUCAGUGUGCAUACUACAAGUGCGGCAAAUGGGAGGAGUUUCAGCGACAGUUUGCCAAGUGCCGCCGUUGCCGGCGCACAAAGUACUGCAGCAAAGACUGCCAGAAGGCAGCAUGGGUAUACCAUCGCCACUGGUGCCAUACCACCCCUUGA